UUACGCGUCGUCUAAGUUACAUUUACAUGUUCUUGUAUUUCUUUAUUUUCGUAAAUAUUGAUCAUUAUUUUCUAUGUUUAUCGAUCUUUUAGAGUUACGAUUGAUCAAGCAGAAUUAAAUUUUCUUAAAUUUUGCACCAGUGUCUUUGAACCAGAGGUCCCGAUUUUGUUGAAAAACUGGAGCUCAACAAUAUGGCGUCCACUACAAUGAUCGAGACGGUCACAAUCACAAGACCCUUAAAGGUGAUCGCGUUAAUAUGCGGGCUGUUGGUGGUGAUCUUAAUGGUGCUAGGGUUGGCAUCGGCUGACUGGUUGAUGGCUGCCGGCUGGAGGCAGGGCCUCUUCAUGCACUGCAUAGACCCUGAAGCGCCCACGCCGCUGCCCUUCGACAUCACAGCGCAGCCCGGCUGCUACGCCGCAAGACCGGCGUCUUACAUUAAGGCGGCGGCAGGUCUGUGCGUGGCGACUCUAGCGGCGGACGUGUGCGGCGCCCUGUUGACGGGGCUCGGCCUGCGCUCGUCCGACCACCGCACCAAGUUCCGCUACUACCGGUUCGCGGUGCUCGCCAUGGCGCUUGCAUUGAUGUGCAUCCUAAUAGCAUUAGUUAUAUACCCGGUCUGUUUCGCCGCGGAGUUAAAUUUAGGCAACAGAUCGGUGUGGGAAUUUGGCUGGGCGUACGGCGUGGGUUGGGGCGCCGCCAUCUUCUUGUUCGGCGCGGUCGUGCUGCUGCUGUGUGACAAGGAGAGCGAGGAGCUUUACUACAAGGAGCGAAAAGUGGUGUCCGGCGGCGGGCCGCGCCCCUAGGGUCGCGGGCGCCUGCCCGACCUCGUGCCGUGAGGCGCGCGCUGAGCGCACGCCGCACACACACGCCCGCCUCUUCUACGUCUGAACGCACGCUCGCCGGAAACUCAAACUCUUACGUUCUAUUUUUCAAUUUGUUCCUUUCCAGCCAGUCUUUAUUUUUUAUAUUAAUAUGAUGCGUUUCUUUCCGAAAAUUCUAAUUUGAAUAUAGAUUUUAGACGCGAACGCGUAGAAUAGGAGGCGUCUCGAUUUUUCUAUAUACCUACUUGAGUACUUUGUUUUAAAUGUAUAAAUAUUUCGACUUUAUGUAAAGUUAUUCUCGGCACAAAGUUUUCGUAACAUGACUGAUCUCCCGUGUUCGCGACGAGACGUUGGUAUUGGGCGCAAAAAUAAAAUUGACCUAUCGAUAAGAUUAGUGAUGCUUCAUGAAUGUUUAUGGAGAAGCAACGUCUUUGUCGGAGCCAUAUUUAAAUGAUUUAAAUUAGUUUUUAAGUUAAUUUAGGAUAUUUAAUUUAGCGCGUACCUUAUAAUUUAAGCACCGAUCCUGUAGGCGCGAGUCGCUUUCGUGACGGGCGGAACACAUUCAGAUUUUAAUCUGUAUUGCCGAUCGAAAUAAAGAAUGGAAGGUCCCCGAAUGUAUUUCUAGUGAUUUUCAGUCUUUAUUUGAAACCGGGUAGGUUAUCGUACCUCGAAUGUAAUCCGUUCCAAAGAGCGUCGUUUUAAUUUAUUCGCUUUACGUUAAUUAUUAUCGCUGUUAGAGUCGCCGGAGCAUGUGCAGCGUGUGGCGUGUGGAGUGUGGCGUGUGGGCCGGGCAGGCGGGCGGACGCCGAGUGACAGUGAGUGAGUGAGUGCGGUGCCGCACCGGACGCAGGACUAGCUCGCCGAGCUGAUGCGACGCAUCGGGCUAUGAAUACUGAGAUAUUUAAAGGAAUUAAAUGUAUGUUUUAAAAGUUACCUUUUAGUGCGGUAUACUCGCUAUUGUGUAAAAUCUAUUUUAUUAAUAUUUAUACAUUAUAUUCAUCUUCAUAUACCGUGCGUGAAUAUGAGAUUUAUUUUUGACUUUUUCAGUGAUAUUUAUGAAUCUCAUUCCAUUUAUUGAUUUACAAAAACGACUGUAAUAUGAUUGUAACUUUUUUGGAAUUGAAAAUUAUUUAAAAAUAAACUUUAUAUUUUCGUAAUAUUUACGUAUCUUUAAAGCGAAACAAUUUAUUAUUGUCGAUAUAAAAAGUGUUGAUCAACAGUAAUGUUUAUUCUAGUAAAUGUAAUCUUAAAGUUACAAAUUACAAAAUUAAUUGUUUAAGGUCAUUGUUAGGAUAUUAUUUAAUAUUUUCAGUUAAAAUACCACCAUGUAGAAACAGUUAACAUCAAAUAAAUUACUGUAUCGUAUGUGUUGGUUAUGGCUUUAAUUUUCAAAUAACGGCGUCUCAUUGUGAUAAACUUUGACUCGAUUCGUACGAUUUUGUACUCUUUUAUUUAUAUAUAUAUUUAUAAAUAUAUAAAAAGAAAACAACAUUUUGAGCUUACAGCCACAAGACACGCCUGUUGGAAUUUGUCAAUUGAGCGUUUUGUAUUAGUCAUUAGGGCUACUUCGUGUAACUUUAUUUAUUGUAUUAAGUGCAUGAACUAGCGGAAAUUAAUUUAUUCCACGUGAAUAAUUUUACUAAGACAGCUAUAUAUGUAAGGCUAUCCACAUAUCGGACGCAGUAUGACCAAGACUACAGUUUGUCACAUAAAGAUUGCUCAUUUCACACUGCAUCCAAUAUUUGGACAUACACCCCUUUGGUAUUUGAAGAUAAAUAUCAGCUGCGUCUUAAAUAAUAAGUAAAUUUCCAUGGAGGAUUUUUUGCUCGAAUAUAUUAUGACAUGUGAAUUUUAUUUUCAACAUAGUCAUUUCUUUUAAAACUCAAGUUGCUAUAUUUAUCUUCGAAUACGCGUCUAUAACACGCAUGUUUUUAAUUACACUGCCAUGUAACUAACCAGUUACUUUUGUUGUAUAGUCAUCCUAAUUGUAAUAAUGUUAAAUUAUUGUAUUAACUGUAAGUGUACAUUCUAAUAGAAAUGAUAACCCCUCAUAAUUAAUGAGUGACAUUAGCUACUUAUUUUUAUGCACCUCUUUAUACGUGUUCGGGCAAUUGGCGAUGCGUGCUAGUCAAUUGGCGAGGUUUUAAUUAUAAUAACGAAUGACCUUUCUUUACUGAUCGAUUAGGUAAUUUAUCAAUUUGUUGUAAGAGUUUUUUUAAGCUGAAAUGGCGCGCUAUUUAAUUACGACGCAUUGUUUGUCAGGCAACCUUUUGAAAAUAGUAAAUAGGUAGAUGAGACAAAUUAAAUACCUAAUUACUUACUUAAAAAUUCAAAUAUUUAAUAGCAUAAGUGAACAAGUUGUAAGUGUACUAGUAUCUAAAUAUCUUAUUUAUAAUAGUGGGCGUGUCAUUUUAGUUUAGGCCAACUCUAUGGCAUGGUUAUUUAUCGCAAACGGAAGAUCUUUUGCCAUUAACAAGGUCGAAUAAUUUGAUGUCUUCUAAGUGAGGUUAGUGAUUUUUAUUAUUUAUAUCCAGUUUUUAUAAAUAUGCUACGUUAUAGGUAUGAUCGACUUACAGUUUUUUCUUGUAAAUCUCGUCUUGAAUCUCAGUGUUACGACAGCUAUUUAUUUAUUGUAAAUAUUUUUCUUUUUAUACGCAGGGUUAUUUUUUUUACAAAUGUUUAUAUUUUAUAUUAUACGCGUUGCAGUUGCUCGAAUACGUCGAUAAAAUUGUCCAUUUAUAGCCAAAUUAUGAGUCAUAUCAAUGAGAUUUAAUAAAGUACAUAGUGAAUAAUAA